AGGGGUACCUCUUUAGCAAAAGGGUAUAAACCGGAGGACCGCCGCCUGCUCCUGCUCGACUUCUCGCCAUGGGCCAAGAACAGAGCCAGCCAGCCCCGCCGGCGGCGGAGCCUUCCCCGCCCGCCGUGGAGCCGUCGCCGCGUUCUCCUGCCCCGGCGUCCUCCUCCCUCGAGGCGCUUGCUGCAGAGGCUAUGUCAUUUGAUGAGGAUGACAAUGAGGAGUCAAUUGAUGUGAAGGUACAGAAAGCUCUGGAUUGUCCGUGUGUAGCUGAGUUGAAAAAUGGUCCCUGUGGAGGACAAUUUGUCGAUGCAUUUUCCUGCUUUCUUAGGAGCACUGAAGAAGAGAAGGGAUCAGAUUGUGUGAAACCCUUUAUCGCAUUGCAGGACUGCAUCAAAGCAGACCCAGAGGCAUUUUCUAAGGAGAUUUUGGAGGAAGAGGAGAAUGACGAGGAAGCAGAGAAGUCCAACCUGAAAGUUAGAGCUCCAGGGUGGUCUAAAGAAUCCAAACCGAAGCUUUGAGAUUGCAUGGUGUUAACUGAUACUGAGAUUCAUCCAGUCCGCAGACAUCACACUAUUUCUCUUAUAAACCGUUCAGUUGUAGAUUGAUUUCAGAGAGCAAAGAGUCAUCUGAAAUCCUAUGGCCGAAAUACACAUAUUUUGUGUAGUACAAAUGUUUCACAUUUUUUUUAGAAAACAUACAUGCGAUUGCAAUUGGGAACCGACCAACAUGUAAUCCGAACAAUUCGAUUGCUUGAUACACGGGCUAGUAGAGAUACAACCGAGUUAAUUUCCA